GUGUGUCUGCUGGUCGAUGACUAAGUUGUCAGUCGUCUUUUCCUCUUUGUUCCAGUCACACCGCUCUGCAUCAAGCAAAGAUGAUGGACGAAGAAUCUACCAAGCGCUACUUGCGGACGAGUGACGAUGGACAGAAACAAGCUGAGCGAGGGAGUAAAGUUCAGGUCAGUCAGGAGGAGAGAGAGAUCACCGUCCUGCCGCGGAGGAAGACGGACGAACUGGACGACACCGCCGGGAUGGCAGCAUCUGACUCGUCCUCCUGCUGUUCGUCUUGUAUCAGCCUGAAGGACAGAUGUCCUCGACCUCAUGGACUCUUCAGCCUGGUCAUUACUAAAGUGUGUCUGUUCGCUCUGCUGUUCGGAGUCGUUUGGUCCAUCACAGGAAGUCAGUGUUUACCUGGAGGGAACCUGUUUGGCAUCGUCAUCCUCUUCAUCUGCGCCGUGCUGGGAGGGAAGCUGGUGGGAAUGAUCCAACUGCCCACGCUGCCCCCCUUCCCUCCACUGCUUGGUAUGCUGCUGGCCGGCCUGCUGCUGCGUAAUGUUCCCUACAUAACGGACGCCGUCUACAUCGACACUCACUGGUCUGCAGCUCUGAGGAACAUCGCCCUCGCAAUCAUCCUGACCAGAGCCGGACUGGGUCUCGACCCCUCGGCGCUGAGGCGUCUGAAGGCGGUGUGUGUGCGUCUCGCAAUCGGCCCCUGUGUGGUGGAGGCCUGCAUCGUUGCUGUGGUUUCUCACUUCCUGCUGGGUCUGCCGUGGGUCUGGGGCUUCAUACUGGGUUUUGUCCUGGCUGCAGUCUCUCCAGCAGUUGUGGUUCCGUCCAUGUUGCUCCUGCAGAGAGAAGGAUACGGAGUGGAGAAGGGGAUCCCCACCCUGCUGAUGGCUGCUGGGAGUUUUGAUGAUAUUCUGGCCAUAACCGGGUUCUCUACCUGUCUGGGAAUCGCAUUCUCUACAGGUUCUACGUGGAUGAACAUACUGAAGGGUCUGCUGGAGGUGGUGGGAGGGGUCAUAGCCGGGCUGAUCCUGGGUCUGUUCUUGUACUGCUUCCCCAGCAAAGACCAGGAGGACCUGGUUCUGAGGAGGACUUUCAUGUUGUUGGGUCUGUCCGUAUUUUCUGUCUUCUUCAGUCAUGUUAUUGGUUUUGCCGGAGCUGGUGGUCUCUGUACACUGGUGCUGGCCUUUCUGGCUGCUCUGGGCUGGAAGACCGACAAGGCCCCGGUGGCAGCCAUGGUAGGCCAGUCGUGGGAUGUAUUCCAGCCGCUGCUCUUUGGUCUGAUUGGAGCAGAGAUCACCAUAGCAACCCUCAGCCCCAGUACAGUGGGUUUAGGUCUGGCUUGUAUCAGCAUCGGUCUGGUGAUCCGCCUGCUUGUCACCUUCCUGCUGGUUCAUUUCGGAGGAUUUAAUCUGAAGGAGAAAAUCUUCAUCUCUGUGGCCUGGCUGCCUAAAGCCACCGUACAGGCUGCUAUUGGCUCCAAGGCGUUGGACAUGGCGAGGGAGGAGGGCGACGAGACCUUAAUUAAGUUCGGUUUGGAUGUGCUAACGUUAGCCGUGUUAGCCAUCCUGACCACAGCGCCUAUUGGAGCUCUGGGUAUCGGACUGGCAGGACCACGUCUGCUGACCCGGCAGGUCAAAGCAGAUGAUGCAGAAGGCGGAGCCACAGCUCCAACCAGCAACGGGAUUGGUCAAGAAAAAGACACUGUGACCCUUGAGAGCAAGCUAUGAGGCUUCUGAUUGGACAAUCAACAGAAAGCUAUAUAUUAUACACCUUAAGUUAACCUUCUAUAGUUGCAGAUGUGUUUUUUUUUAUGUCUUUGCUGUAUGUUUCCUUUAUGAUUUGCAUUACCUCGCUGUAUAUGAUGGAUACAAUUAUAUGAUAUAAUAGUAAAACAAGAAAACUCAA